GUUGGCGAGCCACAGUGCGGUCCGAUGGGAUAGGUACAACCGAUUCUCUAGUCUAGUAGCGUGUAAGAUCCGAACAGGAGAGAACGUGCCAAGUUCCAACGACGCGACGAGCGAUGCUGCAUUAACCGCGUCCGGAAACGAAGAAACCACCGUAACUUUUCCUUUCUUCGGAUAAUUAUCGCGAAACUAUUCGAACCAACGAUUUGCAGUGCCUGUUGCGCGACAAUCUUCUCGAAUGUUUGCCAUUCGAUGAACUUUUCCAUCUAAAUACAGUAAAGAAUUAGGGACAGCGACGACGGUGUGCACGUGCGACACGAGGAAACGAUUUGAUGCUUUGGGAAGGGAAGUCUGCUCUCGUAGGAGGGCACCGUGCCAGGAAGCCGAUAUUGAUGUGAACGAGACCCUACGGAAAACCACGGAAAAAUGUGGCGUUUAGUGUUUCUUGUAAUUAGCGCGGUAAUGGCCGGGGAAUCGGGUCCAGAAAUUGAAUAUCCCGAAACUCCGAUAGAGUAUUCACCUCUGCCCCAGGAAGAGGAUAUACCCUCGCCACUCCCGGGAAUGUUAUAUCCACGGGAAAGUGAAUCGCGAGAGGUGAAAUCUCUAGAUGGCAUGUGGGAUUUUGUCAUUUCCCCAUCAGGAGACGCGCUAAUGGGUUAUAGAGAGGCAUGGUUUGCCGAUGAACUAUCAAAGGUAGGAAAUGUGAUGCAAAUGCCAGUACCUUCGUCGUAUAACGACAUUACAACCUCCAGGGAUUUGAGAGAUCAUAUGGGCAGCGUUUGGUAUCAACGAUCUUUCUUCGCACCUCCUUCUUGGCGAGAACAAAGAGUCUUUGUCAGAUUUGGUUCUGUCAAUUACCUCGCGCAAGUGUGGAUAAACGAUGAUCUGGUAACCAACCAUGAAAUGGGUCAUCUUCCGUUUGAAGCCGAGAUAUCUUCGUAUUUGAUUUAUGGCGGUAAAAAUCGCAUAACCGUCGCAGUUGAUAAUACUUUGCUUCAAACUAGCAUACCACAAGGAAAAAUUAUCUUCACUCCCGUCGAUAACGGAACGAUACGCUUGCAAACUUACACUUUCGAUUUUUUCAAUUAUGCUGGCAUACACAGACCAGUUUUGCUGCAUACAAAACCACGCGUCUACAUCGAAGAUAUUACUGUAAAGACCGGACUAAUCGGUGAUACUGGUAUCGUAAAAUACAUAAUUCAACCGGCAGGCCUGCAGGAGCAUGAAAUUCCUAUCUGUAGAGUAAGCCUGUUCGAUGCCAAGGGUAUUUUAGCUAUACAGGAGCCUAUUUACGGACUUUCCGGUACGCUAAAGGUACCAUUUCCUAAGCUCUGGUGGCCUAGGGGUAUGAAUCCUAGUCCUGGAUACCUUUACACCCUAAAGGUUACAUUGUCGGUGGCGAAUGACAGCAAAGUAGACGUCUACAGGCUUCCAAUUGGCAUCAGAACAUUGGCCUGGACGAAUACGAGUUUAUUACUUAACGAUAAGCCCGUGUACAUGCGAGGAUUUGGUAGACACGAGGAUUCGAUUCUGAGAGGACGCGGUCUCGAUUUGGUCACCGUUGCCAGGGAUCAUGAGCUACUACAAUGGAUCGGUGCUAAUGCCUAUAGAACCAGUCAUUAUCCUUACAGCGAUGAAGUACUUGAUACUGCUGACCGGUUAGGUUUUCUCAUCAUCGGCGAAUGUCCUUCGGUAGACACUGAAAAUUUUUCACCGAUUCUUCUUGCACGUCACAAAGACUCGUUAUCGGAGCUCAUAAGGAGGGAUAAGAAUCGACCUUCGGUAAUUAUGUGGUCCAUCGCUAAUGAGCCCAGGACGCAACUUCCGGAAGCUGGUGAAUACUUUAAACAAGUUGCUCAUCAUACGAAAGCACUCGAUCCUACCAGACCAAUUACUAUUGCCAUGGCUCGAGCAGUUCAGGAAGACAAAGCAGGCGAAUACCUUGAUGUAAUUAGCUUUAAUCGUUAUAACGCUUGGUAUAAUAACCCAGGUCGGCUCGAUACAAUAACGACCAGAGUUAUAGAAGAGGCUGAAGCGUGGCACAGAAAAUAUAAUAAGCCUGUGCUUAUGUCCGAGUAUGGAGCUGAUACUAUGCCUGGAUUACACGAGUUGCCUGAAUAUAUAUGGAGCGAAGAGUAUCAGAAGGAAGUAUUAUCUAAACAUUUUGAAGCCUUUGAUCAACUAAGAAACGAAGGAUUUUUUAUUGGGGAAUUUAUUUGGAAUUUUGCCGACUUUCGAACAGCUCAAACAUUCAUUCGAGUAGGUGGCAACAAGAAAGGUGUAUUUACAAGAGAUAGACAACCAAAAAUGGCAGCUUAUCAUGUUCGAAAAAGGUAUCAUUUUCUUCAAAAGGAAUUGGACGGAACAGAAAUACCGACAGAUCUCGAAGAUUAUAUAUCGCUUCACUAUUCUUUUCAUUCAAGGCUUUAAUAUCAUAUCUUUUAGUAUUUUGCUAUUGUUGUUAAUCACUUUUUAAAGAGAACAAUUUGUUAUUUAUCUAUAUGUAAACAUUGUAUCAAAAUUAUUUGCUUGUUUGUUUCUCUUUUAAUGUGUAAUCUUCAUCUUUGCGAAAAUGCUACCAUCCCUGAAGUCUAAAUAUUGCCACCAUUAUAUGAGCAUACAUCAGUUAUUAUCAUUCUAUGUUUAAUAAAUGCAAGUUUUACAUUGAUUUUUUAAUAAAUGUUUUUAUACAAAAUA